AAGGGGAGCCGGCAGCCCUGUGAGAUGAUGGUCUGAAGAACUCUUUCAAAGUGAACAGGCCAUGGCCCAGGCAGCUGGGCUGCCACAGGCCAGCACUGCUCCUGGCCAGCCCUUCGUGAGCAAGCUGGUUCUGCUUGGAAGCAGUUCUGUGGGCAAGACCAGCCUGGCCCUCCGGUACAUGAAGCAGGACUUCAGCAACGUCUUGCCGACUGUGGGGUGUGCCUUCUUCACAAAGGUGGUGGACUUGGGCUCCUCAUCUCUGAAGCUUGAGAUCUGGGACACAGCUGGCCAAGAGAAGUACCACAGUGUCUGCCACCUCUACUUCAGGGGUGCCAAUGCUGCGCUCCUGGUUUAUGACAUCACCCGAAAGGAUUCCUUUCACAAGGCCCAGCAGUGGCUGGAGGACCUGGAGAAGGAGUUCCAUCCAGGAGAGGUGGUGGUGAUGCUGGUCGGCAACAAAACGGAUCUCAGUGAGGAGCGGGAAGUGACCUUCCAGGAAGGAAAAGAGUUUGCGGAGAGCAAAAGCCUGCUGUUCAUGGAAACCUCCGCCAAGCUGAACUACCAGGUGUCUGAGAUCUUCAGCACUGUUGCUCAGGAGCUACUGCAGAGAGCGGGAGAUGGGGGAAGCAGCAGCCAGCAGGAAGGCGAGGCUGUGGUUCUGAACCAGGAAGCUACGGUCAGGCAGCGCCAGUGCUGCACACGAUAGCCACUGCCACUGCAGGAGGAGUGGGUGGAUGGAGGACAUCUCAGCCUGAGCUUCAAGGGUCCCCAGCCCAAGCCACACCUUCACAGCAAACCUGCUGGCUCUUUGUCGACUCAUACUCUCUGUCGGAGAUGGCUUCUGCUUGAGCCCUGGAGGCUUCCAGAAGUUGGAAUUUCCUUCAUAAUAACUGCUUGCCAAAGCUAAUGGAAACUGUCUCAGGGAAGAUCCAGUGUCAAAUGGCUCCCAGAAGACUGUCAGCCCUACCUUACCAGAUACUCAGAUGCCUGGAUGCCCCGAUGCCUUGAGCCAAGUGUGCCUGCUCCACCUGGCUGUUCUGUUCAGCUCCCUUAAAACCAUUGCAGAAGACUUAAAUGAAGCAGAGAAAUGUGGGAUGGGAGGACCCGUGGGAUGGGAGGACAGAUGCUUGCUUCAUCCCGGGGCAGCUGGGGCGUAGCUGGACCACUUCCGUCCUGGGAACUGUCACGGGACGAGAAGAGGCAUCAAAGCAAGGGAAAUGCAGAGAUGAGCCCAAGGGAAAAACGAUCCCAAGGUGCUAAUCUCAGUGAGGUAACACUGGAGAGACAGAGCCUGAAAGGGUGACCUGGAUGGAAGUGUCCCCUUCCAGCUGUGGAGGGACAGAGCCAGGAUUCUAUCUAGUGAUUUGAAGACUCUAAAACCCCUGUCCUGAGGUGAACACUGUGUGGUU